CUAUCAAAUUUAAGCCAUUCCCACGGUGCUCCGUUCCAUCAUUGUAAACCCUCACAGAUAUCGAGGUAGCUUCAAAAGACUACUUCAAAACCCUACAUACCUAACAAUGACAUCGAAAACAUGAAAUUUUUCUUUUCUCUGACACCUGGAAAUUCUUGUGCAAAAGAAUGGCGACGGUUUUUUGUACAUUCUCUAAAGCAAUUUCCUCUGUUCCUGCUGUAAGGUCGUGGGCUUCACUUGAUCAACAAUGGAUACACCCUGAACCCAUAGCGCGUAGAUAUGGUAAGUCUGUGUGCACAAAUGCUUACAAAUGUAGUAAAAUCAAAACAAAUGCAUCAACCAAAAUUCGAAGCUCGCCGUCUUCGAAUAACUUUAACCGUCCUGUUGCAGCAGCUAACCCUACGAUUCCUGUAAGCAAAUCCUUCUACAAUAGUCUUGACUACUUUAUCCCUCAAUUUGUGAGCUUCAUUCAGGCAAAAAGGGAAUUAAUUGAAACAGCCAAGAAGAACAAACGUUACAGGCCAUUUUCUGAGGAAUGGACUGAAAGCUUCUAUCACAUGAAGGGACAGCAUACUAGGGCAACAUGCUUUUCGCAGGACCAAAUUCCCACCCUUUUAAAAAAUAUAGUUAACUCAGAUUGCAGAAGGGAUUUUGUGCUUUAUAAGGAUAUACCCACCGUGGUUUUAAUUUCGGAUUUUGAGCAGAACUUUGGUAUCAAAGAAAGCCUGGAAGCUGAGCAUUUAGAAUAUGAACCUAUUCCUUUAAGUCAUGAUGCUUCUCUUCCAAAAGGGUAUCAGUCUGUUCUUCUUGAAGAGGAUGAGAGUUUACCCCGUGGUUAUCAUAUAAUUUUGGAUAGCCCUUUUCUUCGAAUUUUUAGCCAUGUGACUGUAAGAGAGCUUUUUCAGUCUUGGAGGCUUGAUCCCCAAGAGCAAGAGAAGCAGGUGAAGGCUAUGUAUCGAAGAAACAAAUGGCCUUUUACUGAGAAGGUCGAAUAAGAGAAAGAAAGGCUUAAGCAAUUCCAGAUGAAUGGAGGUUUUAUUUGGUAAGGCAAAUUAGUUUUCUAUCAUGUAUUUAUGGAUGAGUUUUCUGAUGAUUCUGAAUGUCGAGGCGUAUUAGUUUUUUAUUGCCAAGAGAUUAAUAAGGUUUGGUAUAUAACUAAGAUGCCUUAGCUCAGUUUGAGGUAUUAUGUUGGCAUGUUCUGUAGAAGCUGUACCAGAGCCUUUUUAUUGUCUUGGCUAUGAGGACGAUGUUUAAUCUACCGUGACUGACAGAAAUGCCCUGAUUUUGGUUGUAAUGAUGGAUAUACAUGUGCUGCAUCAUGUGGCUUGCGGAGAACUUGUGUUCUUUUAAUUUUUUGUUGCAAUCCAACACCAAACAACUUUUGUUUUGUAGUCAGUAUAGCUUUAGUUUUCUCUCAAAUUCUUAGUGUCGCAAAACUUUACUUAUUAUGCUUCAGCUGAGUGAAGAUUGCUCUUAGAAGACUUUGUCCCUCUAAAAUUUUACUCAUCCAUUUCAGGGGAGUGUUAAAAGGGAUUGUGCUUGAUGAAAGGAUAUUUUUAUCAACAUUUUGGUGAAACUCUCUUUCAAAGUUUUUUAAACGUUUAUUUUGGACCACAUAAUGCUUUAUGUAUACUUGGAAUGAUAUUGGA